AAGCCAUUUUCAGCGACGCCGCUGCACGAACUUCCCAGAGAUGUUAGACCUAGAGUCGGCGCCGGCCCUACUGAGCUUUUCUAGUUCUGUCCCGCCCUGCGCGCCCACCUUUGUGCGCACGUACGCACGCAGUACGUCGCUACGUCCGGUCUCUAGCCCGGACGCUCCGCCGGUCGCCUUCUGCAGCUGUCAUUCUUCUCUACAGAAGAGCUUCUCCUCAUCAACUGGGGAUGAUUACAGUUCUUCCUAAAAAAGGUGAGAGAUUAGUGGGUUGUACAGCCCGGUGGGGUCAAAGCCAGGGACCAGAGGGAACUUCCAGUUUUAAACACCUCAGGAGAUUCUGGGACCAUUCUUUGAGAAGCACCCUGAAGACACCUUCUGUUUUCCUCUUUCAUCUUUGACAAGUCACACCUCUCCAAGUUUGUGAUUCUCUAAUGAUUCCUAGCAUGCGCUAGAUGAGAUGAAUGGGUCCUCUCAGCACUCUUUCAGCCUGUACUUCUAAGAUUUACCAAAUGCAUGAAUGGAAGGACAGAAAAGCAAUUAAAAAAUCAAUGUGCCAUUUGAUGGCUGCUCUUUUUCUAAAGAGGUUAACACUACAAACUGUAAAGUCUGAAAAUAGUUGCAUUAGAUGUUUUGGUAAACACAUCGUGCAAAAGACAGCACCAACACAGUUGUCCCCUAUUGCUUCUGCCCCAAGACUCUCCUUCCUAAUUCAUGCAAAAGCCUUUAGUACCGCUGAAGACACCCAGAAUGAAGGAAAAAAGAAAAAAAAGAAUAAAACAGCUUUUAGUAACAUUGGAAGAAAAAUUAGUCAGCGAAUUAUUCACUUAUUUGAUGAGAAGGGCAAUGAUUUGGGAAACAUGCAUCGAGCAAAUGUGAUUAGACUUAUGGAUGAGCGACACCUGCGACUGGUUGAAAGGAACACCAGCACAGAACCUGCAGAGUACCAGCUCAUGACAGGACUGCAGAUCUUCCAGGAGCAGCAGAGGCUGAGGGAGAUGGAGAAGGCGAGCCCCAAAACUGGACCAACCGUAAGAAAGGAGCUGAUUUUGUCUUCAAAUAUUGGACAACAUGAUUUGGACACAAAGACUAAACAGAUUCAGCAGUGGAUUAAGAAAAAACACCUAGUCCAGAUUACUAUAAAGAAAGGAAAAAAUGUAGACGUGUCAGAAAAUGAAAUGGAGGAGAUAUUUCAUCAAAUACUCCAGACUAUGCCUGGAAUAGCUACAUUCUCAUCUAAGCCACAGGCUGUUCGAGGAAAAGCUUUAAUGUGUGUUCUUCGUGCUUUGAGCAAAAAUGAAGAGAAGGCAUAUAGAGAAACUCAAGAGACCCAGGAAAGAGACACUUUGAACAAAGACCAUGGAAAUGAUAAGGAAUCAAAUGUUCUGCAUCAGUAAUUUUAAUAAAGAAAAGUAUGCUCUGAGAGAAA